AGGUCUGGCUGCGCGCAGUAUAUGACAGUACGUCAGCAGCGGGAUGGCCGUAGCUGUGGCGGCGGCUGCAGAAGCCCGAGCAGCCGCGGCCGCAGUGGAGCCUAGAGCCCGAGCGGCGUCGGCGGCGGCACCCCGGGGAGUUUAAGAUGGCGGCAGGGGGGGCGGCGGGCCUGCGGGAGGAGCAGCGCUACGGUCUGUCCUGCGGGCGGCUGGGGCAGGACCACAUCACUGUACUGCAUGUGAAGCUCACCGAGACGGCGAUCCGGGCGCUCGAGACCUACCAGAGCCACAAGAAUUUAAUUCCUUUUCGACCUUCGAUUCAGUUCCAAGGGCUACAAGGACUUGUCAAAAUUCCCAAAAAUGAUCCCCCCAAUGGUGUGCAUACCUUUAACUUCUAUUUGUCAAAUGUGGGUAAAGACAACCCUCAGGGCAGCUUUGACUGCAUCCAGCAAACAUUGUCCAGCUCUGGAGCCUCCCAGCUAAAUUGCCUGGGAUUUAUACAAGAUAAAAUUACAGUGUGUGCAACAAAUGACUCAUAUCAGAUGACACGAGAAAAAAUGACCCAGGCAGAGGAGGAAUCCCGCAACCGAAGCACAAAAGUUAUCAAACCCGGUGGACCAUAUGUAGGGAAAAGAGUGCAAAUUCGGAAAGCACCACAAGCUGUUUCGGAUGCAGUGCCUGAGAGGAAAAGGUCAACCCCCAUGAACCCUGCAAAUACAAUUCGAAAGACACAUGGCAGCAGCAGUGUUUCUCAGCGGCCAUAUAGGGACAGGGUGAUUCACUUACUGGCUCUGAAAGCCUACAAGAAACCAGAGCUGCUGGCUCGGCUGCAGAAAGACGGUGUCAAUCAAAAAGAUAAGAACUCUCUCGGAGCAAUUCUCCAACAGGUAGCUAAUCUGAAUCCUAAGGAUCUCUCAUAUACCUUAAAGGAUUAUGUUUUUAAAGAGCUUCAAAGAGACUGGCCUGGAUACAAUGAAAUAGACAGACGGUCGCUAGAGUCAGUGCUUUCAAAAAAACUAAAUCCAUCUCAGAAUGCUGCCAGCACCAGCCAUUCAGAAUCUCCUGUAUGUUCUAGUAGAGAUGCUGCAUCUUCUUCUCCUCAGAAACGGCUUUUAGAUACAGAUUUCAUUGAUCCCUUAAUGAACAAAAAAGCUCGAAUAUCUCACCUGACAAGUAGAGUGCCACCAACAUUAAAUGGUCACUUGAAUCCCACCAGUGAAAAAUCUGCUGCAGGCCUCCCGCUGCCCCCUACAGCUGCGGCCAUCCCUACGCCUUCACUGCUGCCUUCAACCCACCUGCCUGUCUCCAACCCUCCUCGGACUGUAAAUUCUAACUCCAACUCCCCUAGCACCCCAGAAGGUCGGGGGACUCAAGACCUACCUGUUGACAGUUUUAGUCAAAAAAAUAGUAUCUUUGAGGACCAGCAAGACAAAUAUACCUCUAGGACUUCUCUGGAAACCUUACCCCCUGGUUCAGUUCUACUAAAGUGUCCAAAGCCUAUGGAAGAAAACCAUUCAAUGUCUCACAAAAAGUCCAAAAAGAAGUCUAAAAAACACAAGGAAAAGGACCAAAUUAAAAAGCAUGACAUUGAAAUGACUGAGGAAAAGGAAGAGGACCUUGGAAGAGAAGAGGAAAUUGCCACACUGAACAACUCCAGUCUGGAUUCCAAUGAAGGAGUUAAAGAGGGUUACACUGCCUCCAUGGAGCCUUCUUCAACAAUUGAACUCCCAGAUUAUUUGAUAAAAUACAUUGCUAUCGUCUCCUAUGAGCAACGCCAGAAUUACAAGGAUGACUUCAAUGCUGAGUAUGAUGAGUACAGAGCCCUGCAUGCCAGGAUGGAGACCGUAGCUAGAAGAUUUAUCAAACUGGACGCGCAACGAAAGCGCCUUUCUCCGGGCUCUAAAGAGUACCAGAAUGUUCAUGAAGAAGUCUUACAAGAAUAUCAGAAGAUCAAGCAGUCCAGUCCCAAUUACCAUGAAGAAAAGUACAGAUGCGAAUAUCUUCAUAACAAGCUGGCUCACAUCAAAAGACUAAUAGGUGAAUUUGACCAACAACAAGCAGACUCAUGGCCCUAGAGCUCCACUUGGACCGGAAGAUGUGAAUAAACUUAAGCUUAUUUAUUUAAAAUUCCAAAUAAGUUGCUCUAAGAUUCUAAAAAAAUGAAACUUUGCCUGUUGAAAGUUUCAGUAUUAGUAAACUUGAGUUACUUUUUUUUUCCAUUUUACUUUGCUUCCCUGCAUUUUCAAAGCUGCUUUUUCUGGUCCUUCUUUCCCCCUUCAAGACUUGUGUUUGUCAAUAGAAGUAAUUUUUUUUUCUCUUUUUUAGAUGUGAGGGAUCCAGUGUCUAUACUGCAAAUCAAUUUUUUUCCUUAAAAAUUUGUGUUUGUCAUUAGAAAUGAUUUUUUUUAGAUAUUGGGGAUCCAGUCUCCACACUUCAAAGUUUUAUGUGUGUUUAAAAAAAAAAUAGUAAUGUGUAAGGUGAAAUGCUUUUGGAUAAACAUAAGCCUAUUUUCUGACCUUUCUUAAUGCAAACUCUUUGCCUUAAAUGGUAGAAUAUUUAGAAAUUUGCACAAAAUACAAAAAAAAAAAUUGAAACAUUGUUUUGGAGGGUUAAAAAAUAGAAAAUUGUAUGAGUAUGUAUAUGUGUAUAGAUAUAUAUACACAUAUGUACAUACAGGCUGGCUUGAUCUAGAACAGUAAAUCCACCCUGCAAGUUAACCCCCCAUUGCAAUGGUUGCCUUAAGGUGUUUGCUAGUUGUGUACAUAGUGUGGUUAAUCUUAGCUACACUGCUUCCCACUUGAUUAGAGCAAUGGGAAGCACAUUGUGGCCUACCAGCGUCUGAAGCGUGUGCUCAACGGGUGUGUGUGCAGAGGUGGUGUGCAUGUGAGAGUGCAUGAAGGAAAAAAGCUGCUAGUCUAAGUAGGCCAAACGCUCAGGUUAAACAACUGACGAGUGUUACUGUAGGUUUUUUUGUUUCUGUCAAAUUGCUACUUCUAUUAUGGAAGACAAAAGCAUUUCCAUUUCAACUUUUUUUGUCAGCUUUAUUAAUGUUGGGCAAAACUGAUAUGUUAUGAAAAUAAAACAGAUCUAUAGUUUUGGGGCAAAAUUAUAAAGUUAAAUGUGUAGGUAACCUAUUUAUAUACUGCUAUAAAGUAUUUUUUGAAGAGAGAUAUGCAAAGAAGCUAUUACCUACAUGAAAUGUAUAUUUAAAGAUUUUUUUUUUCAUCCUGGGUGCCAGGAAUAUAAAAAGAGUGGAUAUAUUUAACCAUAACAUACUGUGAUUCAUCAAACAGCACAAACUUUCAUUUCAUGGAGUUUAUCUGUUGACGUUGAUUUAAACUAUCACUUGUCUUAUCAUGUGGGAACAUAAGUUAUGUGGUCAAAAGCAUAAGGAUUUUGAACUAAUGUUGAUUCGAGUUGUGUUGUUUUAUUGUAUUGUCUUUUCAAAGUGCUGCCAGUUGAAAAGGGAAGCAUUAUGUUUACAAAUCUGUUUUGAAAUGUUUGCCAAAAUUUUGGUAGUAUCUUUAAUAAAGAUGUUUGUCUCCAGCAUCCCAAAAAAUAAAUAAAUAAAUAAAUCGCUUUGUUGUGUAUUGCUAUAAACCAGAAAAUGUUGGUAUCUAGAAAACCUGAGAGAGUUUGUGGAUGACCUUCUCUCUUUGGAGUUCUUCUAAAACAUUAACUGGAAAGAGUAGAUAAUAUAGUAAAAGUAUGCAAACUGUACAAAGACUGAAACACGGCCCUGUGCACUGUAACUCUAUAACAUGACUGUGGUAAUUUGAUUUCCAUGUAGCAGGGACCUUCUAGGGAAUUCAGUUUCUUUCAGCAUUGAAUCCCUGGUGCUCUUCCUAUUACCUCAGAAUUGGUACAAUCAUUAUUAAAUGUUCAUUGAUUUCAAACUUUCAGUUCAAAAAAGACAGUGAAAAAUACUUAACUGGGGAUAAAUUUGGUCCUCAUUAUGGUGGUCUCCUGAGAGAUUCAUCUGUAGAUAAUGACUGCAUUGGGGUCAUUUCUUGGACAUCUUCGCCUUUUAAUCAAAGACUGUGCACUGCUGUUUGCUAUGAGCAGUGUUUCUCAAAAGCAAGGUGCUUCGACCACUUGAAUCACCCAAAUUAUAAUCUCUGGGUAUAGGGCCCAGACAUCCACAUUUUUGUAAGUAUCUUCCUGGUGACAUUUUCAAGCUAGAGUGUGAAAACCAUUAGCUUAUAUUUGGCACUAAACAUUUAGGUCUCUAAAUCUCAAAGUCUUGAAAUCCAACUAUUGGCUUUUUUUUUAAGCCCAUCCUGUCUAUAGGUGCAAAUCACUUUUCCCCUCUACAUGAUGUGAGGCACCCUCCCAAUUGUUUCACAGCCAACUCCUAUUUCAGAACUUGUUUACAAACCAACCUUCUAGUUGGUUGUUAGCCUUUGGAGCCCCUACCCACCUGUAUCAGCACAUCUGGUCUACAAAUUGGGUAACAGUGGAAGCUGGAGAUACUUUAUGAAAAUCCAGCAUUGCAUACCCAUGGACUUGACCACCUACCUAUAAAAGCCUUAAUUUAGAUGUUUGUUGUAUACAUUGGGCAGAUGCUUACAAAAUAUGUAUCUAUCAGUUGCAAAAUUUGAGAGUUGUAAAUCCCUGAAUCUGCUAUUACCUGAGGCUUCAUCUCUUUUGAAGAUGCGCAUGAGCCUCUAAGAUAUGUAUAAUCGUUCUUCAUCUCCUACUGUAAGAUUUUAGAUUUUCUCAAAUAACUGAUACAGGAAUGGGUGGCCACUUAGUUGCUCUGGUGGAAUAAUUAAUUUCACUUUUGAGAGAAACAGUAGGAUGAGAGAAUGAGUUGUUAUUUUUUCAUCACAUUUCACUUAAAAUAAUUUGAAGCACUCUUUAAUUUUUACCAACACCAUAAAUUUACUCCAGAUUGAAUGAACAGCUGAUUUAACACAAACCAAGAAAAACAUUAACUAGAUGUUUUAGAUGUGGUUUUAUUUUUUAUAUGGGGAUUUAAUUUCCUAUCUUGGUUAUUUAUUUCCCUUGGAAUAGUUUGGAGGAGUUAACUUUCAUCUCUAAGUAGUGAUAGAUGUUUAGUACUUGUUCUCACAAAAGUAAUUGGUUUAUAUCAUUAGCACCAUGUAUAUUGAUUAUAAAAACUCAGUAUUAAUUUUCCUUCAUGUCUGAUCUUUUAACCUUUAUAGGCAUUGUCCCUUAAUGUAUUUCACCUUAUAAUAUUUAAAAAAUGCAUAGUUGCAUGUUGGAAGCACAAUGUUGAAAUAAGGUUUAGACACAAAUGGUCCAUCAGUUCCAACACUCUGGCUGGUUGCCUCACUCCUUCCAUUAGUGCGUUGUUUGCUUCUGGAACUUGUCUGAAACUCCUUAGCCAGUUCAUUGUCUUUCAGAAAGUGUGAGUAUUGAGUCACGUAUGCUUGGUAUAUGCCUUCACUACUUUUGAAGUUCCUACAGUCUGUUACUUGCCUAAGUGUUACUAAGUCCUUUUGUUCUGUGUACUGGGUGAGGGGAAAAUUGUAGCCAGCACUUUGAAAGGAACCUUUUGGGAAAGGAUAUUAACAGACAUUACUACAUGAAGGCAACCGAAGAUGUUACCAAUGUUCUUUGUAACCUGAAAACUGAGCAAGGCUGUGAGGCUCAUCACAAAAUAUUUUAAAGUGUUAAAAAUAUAUAUCUAGCUACACUGUUUCUCAGUUGUCCCACCCAAACCAUGUUAGGACUCAAAGGUAAAAUGUCACAGGGAUUUUUCAGUUGUUACUGAGCUCAGCAACUGUGAUGGGCCCUGUUGUUCUACACCGAUUUCAGUUCAAUAAAAAUGUUAACUUUGCAAUUCUA